AUGGCGGCCUGUGGGCGGCUCUCCACAGCGGCGGCGGCAGCGGACAGUGAGGCUCGCGGCGGCGGCAUUGCUGAGCUAGGAAGGGAGGGGCCGGAGAUGGUGGAGGUGGUCGUGAGGGUGCCGAGCGAUGGGAUGGGCUUAUUUAAAGGCGUGGCGAGGCGGUGGAGCGGGCGGGGCGGGUCGGUGCCGGCCGUUGAGCUCCACUUACCGCACCGUGUUAAGAGACAGUUCUCAAGACUGCAAGACUUCCCUCCAGAGGCUAUUUCUACUUUCCAGGCAUUGCAUCGGAAGAAACGCUACACUGAGAAUGAUUGGCGUGUCAAACACGCAGUGCCUCUAGCGCAGUGGGACCAGAGGCAAAGGAUGGAUCCGGAACUUGGAUCAGCACAUAAGAACAACCAUUACAAGGAAUACCUUCGUUGGUUCCAUUCAGUCACUAGAGUUUCAAUCAAGCCGCCACGGUCAACUGAGCCUAUAGAAGACCAUCCGGACACGGAUGAUGAUGAUGACAUCAUCGACGAGUACGAUGACAUCACACACAGAGGAGUGCAGCCCGAGAGGGGCCCUUUACAGAACUACAUGGCACAACAACUCGGCCGUCUCGCUAACGAGGCAGGCGUGGCAAUGGCCCAUGCAAGCGAAGGAGAUAAUGGAGGGGGCCACUUUAGGGCAUUUGUCGAGAGGGUACGCAGGAGUUGCAGGCGGAUGGCCGCGAAGCUUAAUUGCAUGGCUCGCCCUAACGAGGACUUUGGUCCACUGGCCCCUGGUGCGGGAGCUUCUAGUGCACGUGGCCCCACCUCAAGCAACCGUACACCAAUUCACUACGGUGAUGUGACCGCUACAACUCCUUUGCCCUCCGGUUCCAGAAGUCGUUCGCGGUCCACUUCGAGGACGGCAUCACGUGCCAUGUCUAGGGGGAAAGCUAUCCAGUCACCAGAAACCAGUGGAGAGUCCGACCGCCAGGACAACUCAGAAGAUGAAGACCCAACCUUUCAGGUACUCAGGAUGUCUCAGUUAUUUGAUGCUCCCCUAGGAACGCAGACUCAGGGCGAAUCAAGCCAGGUUGAGAUGGACAAGAUCCUUGUAAUGGACUACUGUAGCUUCUAA